GCAAGUAUGACAACCUCAGUGAGUCGAACCCGCCAGUUCGUCUGACUGUGUUGUGGAGGAGGCUGCGACCGUUCGCCGGGUCCCCUUGAAUCCUCAGCUUUGAACCACGUGUACCGAGAUAUUGCCCGCGGUGAAAAUUGUGUCUAACAUUAAACAUUGAAAAAUACGAUCACCCGCCUGUAUUUCACCUCGUGUGUGGGAAGUGGCUGUAGGUUAAUUACCGUGCAUAGACCACCUUUUCUGGAUUUUACCCCGUAGGAAAAGAUACCAAGCUACACUCGUGGAUUACGUUGCAGAUUACACCGCACCAGCCCGCUGUUUGCAUAUUUUUUUUCUCCAUGAUAUGUGAGGGGAGGCGGGCAGGAUGGUGAAAUGGGCCCAGGGGGAGCGCCGCCCCCUCCCUGGCGCCCCCCGCCCCCCACAGCGGCGCUCGGAAAUCCUGUUGGUCCUUCUGCUGCUCCUUCAGGUGGCGGCCUUUCUGCCCACCGCCACUGGAGAGCCCGCCCCUCACCCUGGCCCAGAGGAAGGCAGCGAGGAGGAGGGCGACGGUCCUCUCACGGGGGUGCCGGACAACUCCCCGCCUAUCAUACUGGAGGACCCCCAGGAUGCUUACGUGAUCAAGAACAAACCAGCCACUCUCACCUGCCGCGCCGCCCACGCCCUCAAAGUGACUUUUAAGUGUAAUGGAGGACCUCCCGCGCCAGAGUCCCAGACAGAGACCUCCUUUGUGGAUCCUAUGACGGGCGUGCGGGUGGUGGAGGUGCAGAUGGAGGUGGAGCGGAGCAUGGUGGAGGGUGUGGAGGGCUUUGACGACUCUGGCUAUGGGUGUAACUGCGUCGCCUGGAGUUCCCGAGGCUUGACUCCGAGCAAGACAGCCAAGGUCGCCACUGCAUACCUGCGCCGGUAUUUCCAGGAGCCUCCAUACUCACAGUCGGUGCCGCUUGAGCAACAUGUGGAGCUACGGUGCCUGCCUCCCCUGGGCCGCCCGCAUCCCACCGUCACGUGGCUCAAGGACAGCGUGCCCAUUGACCUGGAGAAGCAACCCAGCUACAAGAUAUCCUCAGAGGGGUCCUUGCUGAUUCUGUCUGCUCGGCCUGAGGACUCUGCCAACUACACGUGCGAGGCGGAGAACGUAGCUGCCAAGAGGGUGUCGGAACCUGCCAUUCUGAAGGUCUACGUGGACGGCGGGUGGUCAUCAUGGUCGUCUUGGUCAGCGUGCAGUAAUCGUUGCGGGCGUGGCAUGCAGCGCCGCACCCGCACUUGCUCGGCACCCACACCUCAGAACGGAGGAGCAGCUUGCCAGGGACUCGCCGUGCAGAGGACGGACUGCUCCCACUUGUGUCCAGGAGGUGACUGUGAGGACGAACCAUGUGAGGAGGCGGUGAACGGGGCCUGGGCAUCAUGGUCCUCCUGGUCGACGUGUGGCCCCGACUGUCGCCACCACCGCCAGAGGUCAUGUUCGUCCCCUGCGCCUCUGCACGGGGGUCAUUAUUGCCCUGGAGACGACUUCACUUCUGCCAACUGCACCGGCGGGAUGUGUCGUAAUGGCCGAGGACCCUCCGGCAGGAUGUACGGUGACAAAAGCACCACCGAGGAAGACCCCCUUAGGACUGCACACGGUCGAAAUUGGGACGCCAAAGCAACAGCAGCAGCAGUGCAGCAGGACAUUACACUGAUUGUGGUGCUGGCAGUACUGGUGCCGCUGGUGCUGCUACUGCUGGUGGUGGUCUUCAGGAAAUUCAACCGUAAGGACCGUCAGGAUGGACCCAUGUACGAAAUUGCUGCAUCAGACUACCCGAUGCCCUUCUACUCGGACACAACAAAGAAGUUGAAGGGCCUGGCACCAGACCUCACCCAGGGAGUUGGCAUGGCGCCUCUGCCUCCCACCGGCUUGCCUCUCUGCUAUGACCAUGCCUACAGCGACCCAGCAUCUGUCUCCAGCGGCCACAAAUCAAACGGUGGCCUGGUGGGGUCAGUGUAUGAGGAGCACUACUCAGCCCCUGCCAGUGGAAGAGGGGCCUCUGGAAGUGUCACCCCUGCCUCAGAGCAUCACUACGAUGUUCCUCAUCUCCGCCCCUCCCACGAGUCCCCUGCCCCUUCAGAGGCAUGUCACCUCUUGCCCCCACGUGCCUUGGCUACACCCACAGUGGAGGGUAACAGUGGAGGCCGAGGUAUUGAUUCUCCCAUGUCCUCUCUGGAAAAGCCACCUCGCAGUGACUCCCCUGCCUCGCUUUCCAGUGAUGCCACCUCCAGCUCUCGGCCAACAUCAGCCUCCUGCUCUGAAGCUGCCCGAGAGAGUCAGCCACCCAAGGAAGUGACAAUGUGUGAAGGAUCAGCCUGGGGUACAGUGACCUCAGCAGGAGGGCGUCUCAUAGUAGCAGAGUAUGGAGUAGUAUUGACCAUCCCCAGUGGCGCCCUACCUGCUGAUGCUCGUCAACAGUUCUAUGUGACUGUGGACUCCAGUGCAGGAAAUACUCCAGCUCUCACCGACAGACAGACACUGCUGAGCCCCGUGGUGUGCUGUGGGCUGGUGGGCGGCGGGUCCCUCCUCAAGCCUGCUGUGCUGUCCUUUGAACACUGUGCCUCCCUCCAGCAUGCCACAUGGCAGCUCCACAUCUUUUCCACACAAAUCAGCAACACACAGACCUCCUCUUCCACAUCAUCAGGGUCGUCUUCCUCCCCACCCAACAACAGCAGUGGUGGAGAGGAGCCCUGGACAAGACUGAUCACCAUGGGAGAGGAACGGAUCGACACACCAGUCUUCACUCAGCUUGAUGGAGCUCAGGUGCACAUGAUGACAGAAUUGAUGCAGAAGUUUGUGCUGGUGGGUGAGAGUGCUGGAUCAAAUGCUGCCGUUAAGCAGGUGAAGGUGGUGACCUCUGCCCCUCCCCCUACUCCGGCUGGCACUCUCACCGUCACUCUUCACGUCAUGCAAGACACCUCAGCAGCCCUCGCCUGUGUGACGCAGCAGGAAAAGCGCCGAGGAGCCUCCCUUCUAGACAAACCAAAGAUGAUGCUUCUCCAGGACUGUGGUGCCAACCUGUGCCUCACACUAGAUGACCUUGGCCCUGGCUGGCGUAUCAGACCUGGUCACCAGUACAAGGAAAUUUCCUUUGAGAAACUGUGGGGUGCCAAGAGUGAUCCUGUGAGUAUAUCAUUCACUCUGGAGCGAACUGAAGGAUCCUCAGCUCCUCUGGCCUGCAGAAUGGUGGCACAACAGAAAGGAUCUUCUACUCACCGGCAGGUCAUCAGAAUCAACUCUGAUUUUCCCUAUGCACCGGUGACAGCCUCCCCAGCACACCUUGCUCCAAGAACCUCCACAGUGACAUCCAGCAGUGGCUGUUCCUCUCUGGUGGAGCUGACUCCCGAGCCUGGAGUGUUCCGCCUCCCACAGAGGCUGCGGUGGGAGCUCUGCCGUUGCCUUGACCCACCAAAUGCCCGGGGGAAUGACUGGCGUAUGCUGGCUGCCAGGCUGAAUGUGGACAGGUACUUGAAUUAUUUUGCGUGCAAGGAGAGUCCCACAGAGCACAUCUUGGACCUGUGGGAGGCUCGGCACAGAGAACCCAAUGCAGUCACCGACCUCCUGAAUGUGCUACGGGUGAUGGGCCGGCCCGAUGCUGCCCACAUCCUGGAGAGCCACGCUGGUGCUUGGAUAUGAGCGAGUUGGUGACCAUCAGUGGAGAUAGUGCUCAGUUCAUUUCUUUGUGCCACGGGACACUGUAAACCUGUAAAAGAUAUAAGAAAUAAGCACUUGGAUCUAGAAGUUCCUUUCUCAUGACUGUGUGAGAUUUCUCACUAAUAAAAGUUAGAGCAUGAGGUGUGUGAAUUUCUCAUGAAAAUUUGUGUUGAUAGUUCUGGUCCAGUACUGUUUUUGUGGAAACUACAUAAUUGGAGUGCAUUUUGUGUUCAUAUAUGUGCCUGUACUUGCCCUCUACAGUGUGCUGAGACUUGUGCAUUAAGAAGGGUAGCAACUCAUUUCCUGAUAUACCAAUGCAGCUCAACAAGUGUGAACAUCACAUUAUUGAAAACUAAAUACGAAGAAAGAGUUCACAUGAAAAGUAAGGUGAGCCUAAUGAGUAUUUGAGUGCAAUAUACAAGAAAUUAAGUAAUAAUGCUGCAGUGAAUUGAAGUGUUCAACAUUGCAGUGGCCCCAAAUUGUGCCAUACCGAGUGGACACAGACACCAUCAUGAAGCAAUUGACUGACUUCAGAAAAGCCUGAUAGUUGACAAUACCACGAGCUUUCUGAUCUUGUGUUGUGUAGACUUUUUAGAAGAUGACAUUGGUAAAGAAGUAGCUGUUAUAAUUGGAUUGUAUUAAGUGUUCAAGUCAGUUCGUCCAUGUUUGUUUAGGAUACCAAGCCUGGUAGAUGUUACCUCUCCUUAAGAUAUUUAUAACUGAAGAAGCAGAAGAAAGAGGUGCAAGGCUCUGCCACAUCUCAUCUCUAUUGUUAUGAUCAUCUUGGUCAAUUCUUUCUAAUUUUGUACAUAGAUAAAGACUUUGUUCAAAAUGGAUUAAGAGGGCUGAUAAUAAUAAGAUAUUGAGUCAUGGAAGUUGUAUAGUUUAUUUAUUUACAAAUUGUGUGAUAUUGCCAUAAAUUACUCUAAGAGACAUGGUGAAUGCAGCGGAGGUGGCAGGGCAAGCCACUGCUCGGGAUGAAUGGAAACAGCCGUGUUUGCUGUUGAUGGUAGCUGGUGAUUCAUGUCUCAAUGAUUUCGGAAGAAGAGGACACAGCUGCAGUCAUCUGAUAAUCAAGUGCAUUAAUUGUAUACUGCCCUUUUUUUUCAUGGUAUCAUUGAGGCUACUCAUGGUGAUGAAACAAAUGUUUUCCUUUAUCAUGGAUCAACUUGUCAGUCAGCAUUUUUUUAAAAUUUUUAAUAAGUAUUGAAAGCUACAACUUCAUGUAGCAGAGGCCACACAGACUAAAUAUUUUUGGGCCUGCUGAUGGUUUUCAAGCUGUGACUGAUGUGUUGCAACAAGUCAAGAUUCAGGCCUAGGUGAGGAGUGUCUGGCAGGCAGUCUUGUGCCCUGAACCACAGAUCCCACUCUUAGCACACACACUAUUCACAGGGUGGUCUGUUUUCAACACCAUAACCCAUCGUAAGCUGUCUUUAGUACUAAUAGUGUAAGUACCAAAAGUGACACUUUGUGUCUCUUAUGUCUGAGGCAGUUCCAUUUAACUUUAUUAGCAGAGUAAUUAAAUCAUGGGGAGCAAUUAAAUCAUGGGGAGCAAUACUACGGCAAAAUCAUUGGAGAAACCUCGUCAUGAUAAAACACUUCAAGCACAGAAGGAACCUCAACAAGGGAGGCACUAUAGUUCCCAUACACUCUCACAUUAUCCUCACUCUUUCACUCUGGACCAACACUGCUCCAUAGUCAUUGCACAACUUCCAUACUCACAAAAUGGAAAUGUUUUACUGUACUGUAACAUAUAUAUAUAUAUAUACAUGUGCAUGAGUGAAGUUAUUUAGGGAAAGUAAUUAUAUACUGUUGUGCUUCAUAAGAGCAGCAUACUAAUGAGUGUUAGCGAACAUUUUCUGUCCCAAAUAAAAUCACAAGACAUUCACCUUCAUUUUGUAUGUUGCGUCAGGCGAAAGUUAGCAGUAUUCAACAGAUUGCAUAGAUGGAAGUUAACCAGACACAUGGAAAGGAAGGCAUUAUGUUGUAUUUGAUUACUAUGGUCCAGAGUUAAUAUGUAAUAAGUCCCAUAAAUGGUAAAUUGAAUGAAAGAGGCCAGUUAGGAUGGGGAGUGAGGGGCCGUGUGGUGGUGUGUGUGGGGCAUCAGCGCAUCCCACCACCGUCCAGCUAUGCAGCAGCCCUCUAUACAUGACAUGUGUACAUUACUACUAUGUGUCAUGUACAUCCACACAACACGCGAGGUUUCUCAAGAAGUUUCUCAUGAAAAAGGAACAAAGAUACUAAGUAGCUAAGGAAAUUAUCUUGACAAAAUAUUUGCACUCUGCAUUUCUUGGGAGGCCUCUGGAACACAUUUAAUCUGGGCGAGCAUGGACCUUAACUUUCAAAACAAAGUUCUCAUAGUGUUCCUAUCAAUAUUGAAAUUUAUAUUUGUUACUUUUGAAUCCAAUUUACUCUGGGUACCAAAGAUUUUACAUUUUACAUUAAUAUUGCUAUUGGUGAUAUCUUUCUUUGUGUUCAGUCCAUGCUUGAAUAAGGAAAUGUUGGUUGAGUCAGCUCCCAGUGAGUAGGACUUUAAACACAUAUGGGCAAAAAAGUGACGAGACACAAUUGAACGACCAGUUAGCUGCCUUAUUUUCUGAAUGAGUGGGAAAACCUCUUAACAAGUGGAGAGAGUAAGAUGGUCUUCCUCGUUUGAUUCAAAUGGAUAAAUUUCAUCCCCUUUUACCAAAAUUAAACAUUUGAGGCAACAUGUUUGAUAGUCAAAGAAAAGAUUUCCAUGUUGUUUAUAUGAAUUUUCUAUGUACAGAGAUAGAGAAGAGCUUUUUUUGUAAAUAGUCUUCCUUGGAGUCUCAGAGAAUAACUUAGGAAAGAGAGAGUUGUAACUGUGACCCUGAAACAAUCUGGUCAAGUUUUGUUACAGCAAGUUUUUUCCCCCUUAUAUAAUUUUAAUGUCCUAUGUAGCCCGCAUCAUGCUCUGACCAUGCUUACUGCAGCCCUACUUUUGUUUCAAUGCUUAGCUUCUUACACUUAAUUUUUUUUGUCCCAAUUUUUAUAGGAGUGAUCAUUCCUUUUCAUGUAGCUAUAUUGUAAGCUUAUUGCUCAUAUUUUUCUCUUAACUGAGAGCACAGUACUUUUCUAUUGUAAAUCAUGAUUUUGCAAAUCAAUCAGUGAUUGAUAUGUUGAAAAUGCAUUCUUUUUAUUAUUGUGCAGUACACAAAACAAAUGAAUUUUUUUUUAUGGGCUGUAUAUGUUAUUUAUUGCACUUUUUCUUUAAACCAAGACAAUGAUGUUAGCACAUUAUAAAUUGAAGACGUGGUCAGAGUCUUGUGUGUUUCGCUGGUGCUUCCACUGUUACACAAGCCGUUCUUCCGUGAGACUCCAGUGGAGGAUAAAGCCAUAUAUACAGAGACAAUAAAGGCAAUUUUGAUGUA